AUGGCUCCAAGCAAAGAGGCAGAGCCUAGACAGCUAGAUUUCGAAACACACCUUGAGCUGAAGCAGACCGGCCCCGAUACCUUCACAAACGUCCAUGAACCAUGGGUAUUCCACAUCACAAACACAUACCCAGGACCGUUGAUGAUGGCCCAGGCGGCCGCGGCCGCGUGGAAGACCGUCCCCGAUGGCUUCAUGCUGGACUCGCUACAGACGUACUUCAUGCUGGCACCGAGCCCGAAAAAGCCGUUGACAUAUAAGGUGCAACGGAUUGGCAACGGCCGACGAUUUGCAGUGCGGAUCGUGACCAUUGAACAAGACGAAAAGGCCUGCGUGACAAUCACCACGAGUUUCGUCAAUGCUGCUCCUUGGUCGGGUCGAGCUAUGAACCACGCGGUGCCAAUGAGGAUUGACAGACGCAAGCGGGAAAUCAACCUGGAUGAUUUUGGUAUGAUGCGCACACAGCGAGGGCCGUUUAUGAAAUUCGAGAGACUACCACAUGUCCACGAAGACCCCAAGAGUCCCGCCACAACGAUAGCGCCGGUCAUUGCGCAGAUCGACCCGCCCAUCUCAUCACCAAGGGGUGCUGCGGCUCACAUUCUCGGCAUCAUCCACGCCUCCGACUACCAUGUAAUGGACUGUCCGUUGAGCAUCCACGGCGUGCCGCACGGGUCCUGGCCGAUCGGAGACCAGACCAAGACGCCGCUCCCGUCCGCGAUGAAGAUCAUGACCAGUCUGAACCACACGAUCCACUUCCACGCCCACAACGGCUUCCGGGCCGACGAGCUGCUGUACAUCGAGGUCACGUCGCCGUGGGCCAAGGACGGGAGAGCCAUGAUGAACUCAAGAAUUUACAGCAAACAGGGCUUCCUGAUUGCGACUGUUGUACAAGAGGUAUGA